GAAGCAUAACGUUACUAGUUCGCAACCUUAAACCCUAAAACUUCGCUCUUCCUCUCCAAUCUCAAUUACUAUUCCAAAAAUCCUCUUUAAGUCUUCACUUGUCCCGUAUCGGUACGUUUCACAUCUCUAUUAUUUCCCUACCGAAUCUCUUCCUCAACCGUCCGAUCCGUCUUUCUCGUCUGCCGGCUGAUAUUCGUAUUUCGGUUAAGUUGCAAGCAUGUCUUAACGUAGAUAUGCAGCCACCGAAUUCUGUGAAGCUGAAUUUGAAGAGUAAUGAGGUGAUGGAUAUGCAGACGAAGGUCCUGGUGGGGACUUAUAUGAUCCUAAAGGACGAGAUUAUUUGGACUGCAUAUUGGGUAUCGCUGUUAACGCCCUCGGCCACGGGGAUCCCGAUUAGGUUUGAGCAGUCUCAUGUACAGGAGGUUAUAAAGAUGAUGGAAAUUGAGAUUGGAGGUGGAUGGAUUUUUCAUAAACUCUGCAAGGCAAGAGGUUUCUUGAGAUUUGUCAAAUUGGAAUCCAUCUAUAAGCUUUUAAUUUGUCAAUUUUUAUUAACAAAUAUUGAAAAUAUGUUACUAAUGAUGUAUUCUUUUGCUAUGACUAAACUGUAUUUUGAAUUGAUGGGCUGAUUCUUUCAUUGAGUCCUGAUGAAUGUGAAAAGUAAAUAAAUUUGAGCUGAAAUGUCGGAUUAUUGAAAACAAAAUAAAAAAGCUUAAAUUGGAGCUGAAAUGUCUGAUUAUUGAAAACAAAAUCAAAAAGCUAUCUGAUGCAGUGGAUCAACUGAACUGACAUUCAUAGGAGGAAAAUUUUAGUAUUCUUUUGAGGAAAAUUUUAGUAUUCUUUUUAAUGUUGCAGCAAUGAAUGCGCCAUGUCUGUGAAGAAGAAAGAAGAACAUGCGUUAGCCUAAUUUAUUUGCUAUUUUUGGAAGUGAAAUUGUUUUUGCAGGUUUUCUAACGCUAUUCUGCUGUGCUGAUCUUUGGUGCAUAUAAUCCUUAAGUUAACUUGUUGAAUAAAGAUUAAAGUUAACCAUUUUAAGCAUAUAAUAGUAAUUCCGAACAGAUCUAAUAGUAAUUCCUCAUCUGAUGCACAAAAUACCAAGAUUCUUAUUUUCUUAUAGAACUUGGAAAUUCCUAACAUGUGGUUCACCUUGUGAUCUAUCUUUUUAACAAGGUGGUUGAAGC